UGGCAGAGAGGAGAGAAAAGACGUCUCUUCUUCUCCAGGCUGCCGCGAUACGGGGGGGAGGGGGGGGCGGGGGAAGGAAAGUCUGCCUCUUCUCCUGACUCUCCGCCUUGCGAAGAGGCUUUGGGAAAGGGGAGGGGAAAGUCCCUCCUAUUCGCGUGUAGGGCUUGAAGAGGCUGUUCUGCCCGUUCUUUGUCUACGGGCCUUCCAAAGGAGGGAACGGCUUAAACGGAACCGAAGCUAAAGCUAAAGCUAAAGCUUCGGUCCCUUUAAAGCGGAGUAGAGCUUUGUGUUUUCGUGGUUGGGGUGGGCGGAUUCAGGUACCUGUCUCCGACAUUUCAUCUUCCAGCUUUCAGGAGGCAACGUGCCGAAAGACGCGUUCAGUGGUAGUAUAAACAACUACUUUUUUGGUGUGUGUAUGCAGCCUUGAUGAAAGACCAAAGUGAAUUAUUAAACUGCUAAUCUUGAAAACUGCAUCACUAUCUGUUGUUAUCUCAUGACAGCGGUGUUAUAUGAUGAUCAGUUGAAUUCCUUAAAAUGCCUCAUUUGUCUGAUAUUCCAGAAUAGAUUCGUUUUGCAGUGGAUUGUGAUGAUGAUUCUGUUGUUGGAAUAAAAUUUUGAAAUGGAGAACUAAGGUAAAAAGAGUGAAUUAAGUUUUUUGUUCUCACUUGAUGGUAUCGUGAAAAGAUAACGACUGCUAUUCUGCUUGAAUCUGUGGUGCAUUAAGUAGUUGCUGUCACCAAAGGUUGAUGGUGUGAUUGUACCCAGCUAGAAUUCUCUCAAUGUGUAACAUGUUUUACUCUAAAAAGCUCAAAAUAAUACAAAUACCUUUUUUCUUAUGUGUUCCUAACAUUGUUGUGUAUGCUUUUCUUCCUUGUCUUAACCACUUUAGAGAUUUGAAUGUUUUCAAAUGAAUGAAUAAAUUAUGCAAUAGUAAGCUGCCAUUCACAGGUGAGCUCUCUGAUAUGGUACAUGCCUGCCUUUCUUAAUUCUCUCUAGAGCAGAAGAUAGAAUUCUACUUGGUUUUAUAUAUCCAACUGCAUUACAAAUGAAUAGCCACUAAAUGGUGCUAAAGGAUUGGGAAACAUUUUCUCUUUAGUGCUGCAGAGAACAGUUCUGUCUCUGUUUGAAGAGGCAAGAAAAUAUUCGAGGUCGUUUCCUUCAGGUACGAAAAGAAAGUAUGCUGCUAUACUGCUGCUGGUCUUGUUCUUAUACCUGUGCUUUCUGCUUUGUGACCAUGCUUAUUUGGUGAGUAAUUAAAACUUCUGAUUGCUGUUCAGUUUUUCAGAUGAAACAAAACUGGAAUUCAUCCUGUUUUGGUAAAUAUUCUGCUAGAAUACAGAUUUCUCUGGCGGUUUUCGGGAUGUAGUGGAAUUAGCAUGCUUUUAUGUUUUGUGAUUUCUUGUCAUCUGAAGCUUUUGAAGUCUGAACUAGAGCUGAAUAUAUAAGGGCUGCUAAAUGAUACCGUUCCAAAUGAGUUAUUAAUGAACAGUUUGAUUAGGCUUCACUUUAAGUCUGAGAGACACUAAAGUCUUGCAUUUGUCAUUCCUUAGCUAGCCAAGCACACCCACAGUUAAUCUCUGUGAUUAUUCACCCUGCUGGCAAAUGUCAGGUCCUCCAAAACUAGAUCAAGUACCAAGCUAGGACUACUUAGAUUUCUGCUCGCAAUUUCCCUAAUAAUCACCAGUCUGAUGAUUGGAAAUCUUCUAAUGGGCAGGCUAUUUUUAUGGUUACUUCUCUUUUCUUGUCCUAAUACUGUCACUUAACUAUCUAAGUCGUGUUGUCUCUGAUUUUCCUUGAUGUUUGAGACUUCAAAAUUUGAUAUCUUUUUCUGAACGAAGGUGACAAAGAAGCAAUUCCUGUUUGCAUUGUCCAGUAUUACAAUAUGUUAUGCUGUCACAUGAGCAAUUUUGAAUACAAAGUCCUGCCACCAAAAUAACUGUGUUGAUAAUUCUGCGUAUAAUUGAGUAUUUUAUUAGAUAUUUCGUUCCUUAUUAGAAUGUUCAUAUAUGUAGUAUUAAAAUCCUGACCUGUGAAGGUGGAAACUUCGUAAAGACACAUUUCUGCAAUCAGUUUGGAUUUCGGAAGUUGCUUAAAAUGUUGAGGGAGUAAGAUGCCAUUGAGUGUGUUUAAGGAAAAUGUAAAUUAAUUUUUUAAGUGCUACGAUGUUAUCUCUGAAAUGUGUUCCUUUGACAGAAAAUAUUGAGGGCAGCAUUGGUAGUAUUUUUAAGUUCUUGCUCUCUAACAUAUAAGAGAAGUACCUUACAGCACUAAGUGGCUUAUUUCCUCUUGCACCCAAUAGCAUUUUCUUUUAAUGAAGACUUGGAGGAAAGAAGGAUGUGUAUUGGUAUGUCUAGUGGUAGUGUAGAAAAAUCAGAAGCCUGUUCCUGGAACUGAUGACAAUCAUCCUUCUCAAUGCUAAUCCCAAUGUGAAUUCACGGGUUUCCUUAUUUUGAACUGUUUCUAUGGCUUUUCCCAGUGGUAUUCCUCUGUUACUUUGAGCGCAAAACAAAUCCACAUGGCUCAAAUAUGCUAGAAAUGCUUCUUGAAUUUGAUGUCAAUGGACACUCAUUCUAUCUUUAAUUUUUAACUCAUGUUUGAAUACCAUAGUUCCUGCCAUGCUUAGCAGGAAUUCAAAUUAUUGUUUUAGUGAAGAAGGGAACUUUUUUGAUUGUAAUCAAUUGUUCUUAUUGAUUUCUUCUUCGGUAAAAUCAAACUUUUUUUCUUUAUUAACUUUAUUAAAAGUUGUACUUUUGCAGUAUGGAAUUGUGUGUCAGAUGCACCUGUCCUGAUGAAGACCAGGGCUUCCUGAACAUAGAAACAUAGCAGCCGCUGCACACCCUUACUUUUUGCGCUCUUACUGCUCAUUGUGGCUGUUGCCUUGUACACAGUCACCGGUAGAUAGAGCUCUUAGGUAAUAGGAAUGGACAUGGCCAUCUAUGACCACAGGUCAUAUCCAACUAGGGUGUAAACAGAGUCCCGCAGGGGGGCAAAUGGAGUUGGUCCUCCUCAGAGCAGUGAGUCUUCAGUCAGAGACUCUCCCCUUGGGUCAGGACACUGCCCAAGGUAGCUCAUCAAUGUUGAGAGCCCUUGCCUUAUUAGGUAUACGUUGGUGAGCUUCCUCAAGAUUUUCUUCGCAUUACCCCAACCCAGCAGCAACAGCAAAUCCAGCUGGAUGCCCAGGCAGCUCAGCAGCUACAGUAUGGAGGACCAAUGGGGACAGUAGGCAGACUCAGCAUUACUGUAGUACAGGCAAAAUUGGCAAAGAACUAUGGAAUGACCCGCAUGGAUCCAUAUUGUCGAAUACGGCUGGGGUAUGCUGUGUAUGAAACUCCAACAGCACAUAAUGGAGCCAAGAACCCCCGCUGGAACAAAGUUAUUCAGUGCACUGUUCCCCCGGGUGUGGACUCUUUUUAUCUAGAGAUAUUUGAUGAGCGGGCCUUUUCAAUGGAUGACCGCAUUGCUUGGACGCACAUUACAAUUCCUGAGUCUCUGAAACAAGGAAAUGUGGAGGAUGAAUGGUAUAGCCUGAGCGGAAGACAGGGUGAUGACAAGGAAGGAAUGAUUAAUCUGGUUAUGUCAUACACGUCUUUGCCAGCUGCCAUGAUGAUGCAACCCCAGCCAGUGGUCCUGAUGCCCACUGUAUAUCAGCAAGGAGUUGGAUAUGUGCCCAUAGCAGGAAUUCCUUCAGUCUGUAAUCCAGGCAUGGUACCAGUGGCGAUACCACCUCCUGCAGUGAACCCUCAGCACCUGUGUAAUGAAGAGGACCUGAAAUCUAUCCAGGACAUGUUUCCCAACAUGGACAGGGAAGUAAUCCGCUCAGUGCUAGAAGCUCAGAGGGGGAACAAGGAUGCAGCUAUCAACUCCUUGCUUCAGAUGGCUGAAGAAUCGUAGAUCCCUACUUCCUGCAUAGUCCCAGUCCUUGAUGCCACUUCUUUUUACUUGCCAAGCCAGGGAUUUAGCUAGAGGAAGAAUUUCCCAACAGCUUUCUGUUAGCGCAUCCUGUGUGAAAGAUUAUACCUCUUUUCUCCGUGGACGUUUGGAUCUUUUUCACUUUCUUUCUCAAUCUGUACAUACUCAGUUUAGCUUAUGUCCUACAAUAUAGCAUCAAAGCAUCGUUACUAUCAGCUGUGCCCUGUGUGGCUAUAUUCUGAUGGGAUGGGGAGUAAUGCUGCUUUUUUUUUUUCUCCUUUUCUCCCCCUUUUCAUAAACUUGUUCUUACAAAGUAACUCUAUGCAGUACAGGAUUUACUACUGUUUGUUAGACUGAAUUUUAUUUUUCUGUGGAGGGUUUGCUCUUUAAACAUAACUGAUUUGUUAAAGUAUUUGGGUUUCAUCAAGCAGUCUGUUUCUACCAGAAAUUAAAAGAAAGACCCUUUCCUUAUCUGUGGUGUUUAGUUAUUGCUGUGAUAUGUUCAGCUGUUUCUGACUGAAGAUUUUUAAUUUAAUAAGGUAAAUUUCUUAGGUUGCGCUGUUGGUAUUUGUAAUGAGCAUCUUCUAUUCAAUCUAGUCAUCGGGCACCAAAGCAAUAUAUUAUCUGGUGUGCAUUUGGAGCUUUGUCCUCCCAUAUAGUAUUGUUAUGUAUCUGUAAAAUCUUAAAGGGUUUUAACUUGUACAGCAUGUAUUGCUGUAGCAGAAAAAAGGACUGAGCCCUAAUGUACUCCCACAGUUAAUUGCACUCUAAGUACUACUUCUGCAUUCCCAUGGCUAUUUCAAAGAAUAAGUGCAGAAGGAAAGAUUUUUAUAUCUGAAAAAUUACUGAAGCCAUAAACAAUUAUUUAAGGUAUUGUCUUACAUUAAAAAAGCAGAAGUCUAUGAUCUGGUUAUAAGGCUUCUUUCUUUACACCUAUAUUUCAGCAAAACUAUUGUUUUAUAUCAGUGGAAAAACUAUUGUAUUUUUUUCCUGUAAUCUGAAAGGAGAAGCAUGAAAACUAGCUUCAAAAUCUUUGAAUGGCAUUGAGUUGCUCAAUGACUUCUUAGGCUAUGGUUGCUGUAGUCAAUUUAUUAUUUGACGCAGAUGGAACUAAAUUCGUUGUGAGAGAAAAUUAACAUAUCUGAGUUAUAGUCUGAUCCUAUCCUCUCAAAGGAGGUUGUGGGUUGCUUGUAUUUAUUAGUGUUAUUUUUUUCAGAUAACAGUUCAUGUUGGAGCUGCAGAAUCUUACAGUAUGCACCAGUUACUCCUGUUGGAUAAAUCUCUAUGGUGUCUGUUUUUGUAGCUGGUAAAGUAAUGCACUUUAAAUAGUAUGCACCGGUUUAUUUUUCCAGUGAUGUGCAAUGUUGCUGUUUUAUCUUUUUUAAUGUUCAAUUUCAAAUACUUUCUACAAUAGCCAUAGACCUUUAUAUUUUCAAGAGUUGGAAUGAAUGUACACUUGAAAUCUAGGCUCUUGAGUGAUCCAUGAGAACAUUAAAGCCAGGUUUGGAAUAGGGAAAAGGGAACCAUAUUCUCUUCUUCCCCACACUUUGUUUUGUCUCAUGCUUAAAAUAUUUUCUUUAUCUGCUGAAAAGCUGAUUUUAUCCCCCCUUCAAGACGCCUUUAGGUAGCACUGGCAUUAGAGCAUGAAUAUUUAUUUUUUUAUGGUUAAAAAUGAUACUGAAACUUUUAAAAUACAGCACCAAAAAUCAUCCGAGUUUCUGGCCUUUUAAAGCUGUCUUUUCAUAAUGUACAAUUUUAAGUUCUGUUAUGAAUCCCUUACCAUCUUAAAUUUACCAUUGAAAGCAUAAGUGUCUUUAUACAUCCUCCAAUUGGCUUUUCAAUAAUGAGAUUCAAGGCUUCUAUGUGCUUUAGUCGCCACAUUUUUAUUUUCUAAAAUAAAACAGGUCUUCAUCAAGAAACUGGUCUUGCCCCUUCCCUACAAUUAUGGUAAACUUUGUGAUUGAGCAGGUGUAGAGUCAUUUGGUCUUUCUAGCACAGUUAUUUGUGACAUUGUCACCCAAAAGAGUAAAUCUUGGUAAGGAUUUAAUGCUUAGAUAUCUCCAGGAAGAGUCCCUUGCUCUAACUUUUACACAGAUGGCAUGAACUGCUAGGGAUGAAACAAUUCAGGGAAAAUGUAUAUAUUUAAAUUUUUAUAUUAAAACGUUGGGAUCCAUAAUACAGCUUUUUAUAAAAGCAAGUGGUCAUGGUUCAACUUAAGGGCUGGUAAAUUGUACUGCAUCCUAUUACAGCUCGAUUUCAAGCACGGAAUAAACACCUUUCAAUCCUAACCACCGGGAGGGGUAAGUGCAAAUGUUAGGUUAGCCAGGUUUAUUCAUAAACAAGGCUCUGGGCCUCUGAGGGAGGCUCCUGUUCUUAGAAAUUUUUUUUGUUUGUUUUGUUCUAGGCAAAUGUUAGGCAAAACAGGGUCGAGGUAUGAGUUGAAGAUGGGAUAUGUAGGAGCAGUAUGGCCAGUAGAUGGGUUUCAUGUUACACUAUACUUAAAUACUGUUCUGGGGAUUUUUUUUGUCUUGAAUUAAUUAAGCAUUAUAGCUGAAACUCUUAUGUCAAGAUGUGCUACUUUAUCGUGUUAAAAAGAACAAAACACUGAUCAUAAGUCUACUCAGCUUUUCAGCAUACAUAUCCUCUCAGUCAAACUGUUCGUUGUCAGGUUUGAAUUGGAGAGAUGAAAAAAGUCAGGGAGUGUAUUCUAGGGUCUGUGAAAUUAAGGUAUUGGAACUGAAAGUCUGUUUCUUGAUUUAAAACAAAUAAAUUGUCACUCAUUAUGAUUGUAGCUUUUGACAAAAUGCUAAUGGAAUAAUUGUGUGAUGCUGCUCUUCUGCUCAACAGCUUCAAGCAGCUUGGAGCCAAAGCCAGCUGUAUAAGACUGGCAUCUGCUAAAAGUUACUGUUUUUAUUACUAGUUUGAGUCCUGCCAAGAGCCUAAACUUGCUAAAGGUAGGAACAUUUUUUGUCUAGCUAGAUCCUUGCUAACAACUUCUCUACUGCUCUUUGCAUCUGCUGAUGGUACUGAAUGUUUUUUCCUUUACAAAUGUUACUGCUUGUUUGGUUGAUAUGUAAUACCAUACAGAGGAUGUUUUUCGCUGUAAUAAUUCUGAAGACGUUGUUUCUCUGUAUCGAGGUCCAGUAUCCAAAUGUGUUUCUUGCACUCUAAAGUACAUUAACUUUUUCAUUCUAAUUUAAUAAAUGUAUCCUCUAAAUGAAAGUGUAUUAUGUCUCUGUUGGAGAGCACCACAAUGUGAGUCUAUAGACUGCUGUAGAAUUCAGGUAUCAGUUACUGUCUUUUACUCAGUCGUGCACGUUAGUUAACAAGUUACACUGGUUCUUAAUGUGAUAGUCUGGUGGGAUUAGUACAGUAAAAGUAUUUUAAAUAUUCAUCUCUAAGAUGUCUUUGUCUAACUCUUCUAGGUGCUACUUUCUCAAGAAAACGUUACACUAUUGCAGGUCUAGAGGACAGAAUGAGGGAAUACUGGGGUUGCAUUGUUUGAAAGACAGCGUUGGAGGGCAAAGGAGGAGGGAAGAAUAGUGUGUGGUAUGGAGGAAAUGCUCUUCAUUAUGAAGGGGUUGAGAACUCUAGGCGAGAGUGGUGUUCAAGUGAAGAGUUAUGAAACAGACCUUGUUAUGUGCUAUUUAGCUACAAUAAGAGCUGGCUUUAUCUGCUCAUAUAUAAUUAAUGAAUUUUAAAGAUUUGGUUUACAUAGCAUUGCUUUUUAAUUCUAUGAUUGACUGUAAAGCUAUCUGAGGUCCUCUUUCUCAUUUAACAGCAUUGCUAUCUAUGCUCAGUGAUUAUUAAUCAACUGCUAGUCUGUAGUAUUUAGUGUAUUAUCAAGCUAACAUUUCAGGUUUUACCAUCCAGUUCAUAGUAUGGUUUUUAUCGGGAGUUAAUUUUUUUGACAAACAGUAGUUGGGAGGAAUCUUUCACAACUGAAUUUCCUCGUUUAUUUCGUUAAUGUACGUAGCACCUACUACAAAAUGCAGUGGUUUAAAUUGUGCUUUCUGCUAGCCCUUGAGUAUCAGUUUCUAUCCCAGUUUAUGUUCUAAAGCUUAGUUUGCUUUUACAUUUCUCCAGUGUACUGUGAGAGAUAAGAAAAGUAAGAGUUAAUUUACUUAAACAAAUGUUGGCAUUCUUGUGGCUGCUAAAGCAUCUAUUUAGCAUUUUAAUAUUUAUUAGCUUUUUAAUUUCAAUGCUAAUCAACCAGUGAUGAUGUGUGGGUGUGUAAAGAGAAAUCAGUGUAUUUUGAAUUAUUAAAAUGUUUAAGUACAUUAAUGAGAGCAGGACCUCUAGGAAUAAAUUUUCUUAGCAUAAGUAGGAAAAAU